AUGCAUCCUUUCCUGGAAGAAAUCUCGCAAGUACAAGACAGAUCAAAAUUUCUGCAUUUGUGGAUCCGAGGGCUGAAGGAGGAGAGCACGUACCCAUGUUUGGACGAUCUCAGGAUUCGAGACAAGAUUAGUGCCUUGUUCCAAGAGGUGGCCCUUUCAGCAGAGUACGAGGAAGACAACAGGAUGCUCUUGCCUCUCUGGAAUGCUGGAGUACAUCCUGAAGAACAAGAGCGCAUUAACGAAGGUCAACCAGCGGUUGUGGACUGGCCUCCCCAUACGGACCAGUCACCGAGUAUGACGCUGUGCAGCCCAUGGAACUGGAUCCUGUUCAGCCUAUCACGAGGGCUUCAGUGGAAGGUCGCGAUCACGGUUUCGAUUGAGUGUUUCUUGCCAGUUUGUUUCCGUCAUGCGUCCCGGUGA